AUGGCGCAAGCCGUAUCUGAGGACAAAAUAUCAGUCAAGGCGAAGCAGGUAGAGGAUGUAUGUAUGCCAACCGUUGAAGAUUACGCAGCAAUAUCGGAGCAGACCAACAUUCGAAUUCGAAGAUCAUUUGACCGACAUCUCCUUCCAAUUGUGUGUUGCCUCUACAUCCUCUCCUACCUUGACCGUGGCAACAUUGGUAACGCAAAAGCCGCUGGAGCCAAGUCUGACUUACAACUUUCUGAUUCGGAGUGGGCUUGGGUUCUAAACUCAUUUUACAUCGCCUACGUCAUGUUUGAAUGGACCAAUCUCUUCUGGAAAAUACUCCCUGCCAGCAACUGGGGCACUGCAGCAAUGUCCUCAGGUGCUGCGCAUAAUCUCGGGUCUCUGGCAGCCUCGCGUGCUUUUCUAGGCCUGUUUGAGGCAGCUUUCGGCGCCGGCGCCCCGUACUUUCUGUCCAUGUUUUACAAACGGCACGAACUUGGAUUCAGAGUAUCUUUCCUGAUUGGAAUGUCGCCCCUGGCAAAUUGCUUCGCGUCUGCGCUUGCCUUUGGAAUCACACAGAUUCGCGGGUCUCUGGAGCCUUGGCGAUAUCUAUUUAUUAUCGGCAAGUUUCCAUCCUAA